UUUUGCGCCGUUUGAUGACACCUACGCGCGGCGCCCGGCGGCAGCGUGGCAGUCAUGGCGUCGCCCUUCAGCGGGGCGCUGCAGCUGACGGACCUGGAUGACUUCAUCGGGCCGUCUCAGGACUGCAUCAAGCCCGUGAAGGUGGAUAAGAGGCCGGGAAGUGGUGUAGCCAAGAUCCACAUCGAAGAUGACGGGAGUUACUUCCAGGUUACCCAAGAUGGCGGGACCCGCAGGCUGGAGAAGGCCAAGGUCUCGCUGAACGACUGCCUGGCAUGCAGUGGCUGCGUCACCUCCGCGGAGACCGUGCUCAUCACGCAGCAGAGCCACGAGGAGUUUCGAAAGGCGCUGGGCGCCAACAAGACGGCGGCCCCCGGUCAGCAGAAGCUGGUUGUCGUGUCCGUCUCGCCACAGUCCAGAGCGUCCCUGGCCGCCCGGCUCCAGCUGAGUCCUACGGACACCGCCAGGAAAUUAACCUCCUUCUUUAAAAGACUAGGGGUGCACCUCGUCUUCGACACGGCCUUCUCCAGGAACUUCAGCCUGCUCGAGAGCCAGCGGGAGUUCGUGCGGCGAUUCCGGGGACAGGCCGACUCUGCGCAGGCCCUGCCCGUGCUGGCCUCCGCCUGCCCAGGCUGGAUCUGCUACGCCGAGAAGACCCACGGCAGCUUCAUCAUCCCCCACAUCAGCACGGCCCGGUCCCCGCAGCAGGUCAUGGGCGCCCUGGUCAAGGACUUCCUCGCCCAGCAGCAGCACCUGACCCCUGACCAGAUCUACCACGUGACGGUGAUGCCCUGCUACGACAAGAAGCUGGAGGCGUCCAGACCCGACUUUUUCAACCAGGAGUACCAGACGCGAGACGUGGACUGCGUCCUCACCACAGGGGAAGUCUUCAAGCUGCUGGAAGAAGAAGGCGUCUCGCUGUCAGAGCUGGAGCCAGCCCCCCUGGACAGCCCGCCCGGCGGCGUGUCUGCGGAGGAGCCCACCAGCCACCGGGGCGGGGGCUCGGGCGGCUACCUGGAGCAUGUGUUCCGGCACGCAGCACAGGAGCUCUUUGGGAUCCACGUGGCCGAGGUCACCUACAGACCGCUGAGGAACAAGGACUUCCAGGAGGUGACCCUGGAGCAGGAGGGCCGGGUGCUGCUGCGCUUCGCCGCCGCGUACGGCCUGCGCAACAUCCAGAGCCUGGUGCAGAAGCUCAAGCGGGGGCGCUGCCCCUACCACUACGUGGAGGUCAUGGCCUGCCCCGCAGGCUGCCUGAAUGGCGGAGGCCAGCUCAAGGCGCCGGACACGCCAGGCAGGGAGCUUCUGCAGCAGGUGGAGAGACUGUACGGCGCAGUCAGGACGGAGGCGCCCGAGGACGCGCCUGGGGUGCGGGAGCUGUACGGGCGCUGGCUGCAGGGCGAGGCCUCGGAGCGCGCCGGCCGCCUGCUGCACACGCGGUACCACGCCGUGGAGAAGACCAGCUCUGGCCUCAGCAUCCGCUGGUAGGGGGCCCUGAGGGUCUGCCGGAGCCCACCUGUGGCCAGCCAGGGCUCCCAGGAAGGCUCACAGGUGCCCGGCAGUGACGUCACAUGCUCCAGGGCCCCAGGGCCCCAGCGCCCUCCCGCCAAAGUUGGAGUGAGCUGCAGAAUGUGCUGGAACCACAUGGGAGGGGGAGCCGGCUGCACCCAGGAUGGCAGCCAGGGCCUGCCGCGGUCACUGCCACCACCGGCCCGGCUCCCCUGGGGCUCCCCACUGGCUCUGCCCAAGUGGGGCAGGGAGCCCGAGGAGUCGGGAGGUUCUGUGAGGUUACAGAGCCUCUUCCAGCAGCCCAGGGCCGAGGCCCACAGCACUGCCCCUGCGCCUCCAGCUCACCGUGACCCAAGUGUCUGGGGGCAGAGCAGAGUGGGCGCCUCGCGCCUGACUGCUGGAGUCACCCCAGAGUCACAGUGUAGACAGAGGGAAACGGGGCGGGCCCUGCCUGGCAGGGAGGGGUGCUCAGUCCCCCGAAGCCAGGUGUCCACUGUUAGGAAGCCGUGGUCCCCAGGCAGGCGGAGAGCGCUUCCGUUUUCUGGGCCGGGUCUGCUCUCAGAGCAGCGGGCGUCAGUUGGCGCCCGGCUUCCCUGGCUGAGUCCCCUUCCCCUGGCUGAGUUCCCACCAGGCCUGUCUCCACGGAGCUCCACGGCUAAUAAAGGCGCCCCCUGCUACCA